AUGGAAUGUAAAAGCAGCGAUGAUCUAUGCAUGGAAAAGUAUAGAACAAAUGCAGCAAUGAUUCAAGUAUUUUACGAAGAGCUCAACUAUGAGACAUUAUCUGAAAGCCCGGCUUAUGGAUUGACUAGUUUAAUUGCCGAUUUGGGUGGUUUGACUGGUCUAUGGAUUGGAAUCUCAAUCGUCAGCAUUCUGGAAGUAGUCCAAUUAAUCUGGUUCUGUCUAGAUUUCUACCACACCAAAAAAGUACAAGUAAAACGUUCGAGUACGCCUCUUUCAUCUGUUGGCACAGGUUCGAUCUCAAAACUUAAAACAAGUAAAACGCCAAGUAACAAUCCAUCACUUGGCGGACGUUCUUCAAAGUCAUCAAAAUCAUUACCGAAAGAUAUAUCAGUCAUAAAAGAAGAGCGUGAAAGUCGGCAAAGUAAAAGUAGUUCUUCUUCUACUUCGUCUGGCAGUAGAAAAGCAGAAAGAUAUUUGGGGCCAGGAGAAGAACUGCCAUGCACUUGUUUAUAUGGAUCGCGAGGUCAAAUAGUGUUUAUGAAGCCGCUAUGUCCCUUUCACGGUUAUAUGGUGCGUCGUUGCAGUGAUAUGUACUCAAGUGACGAAGAGGGAAAUGAAGAAGAAGACAAUAAAGAGCAUGCGGAUAACAUGUAUGAUUAAA